GGGUCAGACAGAUUUCCUGUUCAGAUUAAAACACAGAGUCGAUGCAAGAAAGUAUAUGUCUUGAGAAAUGUGUUGUACUCCAAAUGGUCCCAUUAUCCCAACUGUUUCACUGAGAAGAUCGAACAACUUCUCGUUUUUACGCCGUUUUUCAAUCUUCUCAUCCUUGUAUUGAGGUAGGUUUUUACUAUUCAUAUCUCGCGUUGGCUCAGUCUUUGUUUUAAUCUUGACAGGAAGUCUGUCUGACCCCAGUGCAGCUGUAAAGCAAACGUAGGAGGUCGGGGGGGAAUCUAGUCUGUCAAGUGUCAACCCUGCCCUUCCUGUCCUCAUUUCUAACUAAAAUACUCUGCUAUCUAAUCGGCUAGUUUGACUUCACAUCCAUCUGCUUUGGUUUCACACCGGAAGGUGUUUUAUCGUUUGGUUCGUUAGUGAUCGGUGGCACCGGGAUGGCGUUUUUGGAGAAGCAGUCCCCGGGAAGGGUACUAUUGGAUGAUACGGUGGCCCUUACAGCACUGAUCGAGGCCAGCCAAAAUCUACAAUCUCACACGGAAUACAUAAUCCGAGUACAAAGGGGUGUGUGUACAGAAAACAGUUGGCAGGUCAUAAAGCGAUACAGUGACUUUGAUAUGCUGAAUAGCAGUUUGUUGGUCUCUGGCGUCAGCCUACCUCUACCACCUAAGAAGUUGCUAGGUAACAUGGACAGGGAGUUCAUAGCAGAGAGACAGAGAGGACUACAGGUCUACCUAGACUUUAUUACUCAGCAUCACAUCCUAGCCACCUGCCAACUGGUCAAGAAGUUCCUCGACACCAACAACUACUCUGCCAACUACACAGAAAUCGCCUUACAGCAGGUAUCCAUGUUCUUCAGGUCGGAUCCUAAGUGGGAAGUGGUGGAGCCUCUGAAAGACAUUGGGUGGAGGAUACGGAAGAAAUAUUUCUUAAUCAAAAACAAAGAACAACCCAAGGAACGUCAAGUGUUGAGUUGGGUUGACUUGGGUCCAGAUAAAUACCUGUCAGACAAAGACCUUCAGUCGACCAUGAAGCUCCUACCCAGCCUCACUAAUCCGUACAUCCACCCGGUGACGUUUGCCAACACCAGUGAGUUGUCUGCUCUGGUCAUCAGGAUGUUUAACGAAAAAGGCACUCUGAGGGAUCUCAUAUGUAAGGUGAAGCCUAAAGAGGCCUUUAUGAGGAAGUACUGCAGCCCCAAGAAGAUCCAGGGACUGGAGCUGCAGCAGAUCAGGACAUACGGACGACAGAUUCUGGAGGUUCUGAGGUUCCUCCAUGACAAAGGUUUUCCGUACGGUCACCUCCAUGCCUCGAACAUAGUGAUAGAAGACAACACGUGUAAAGUACUGGACAUAGAGAACGGCCUCCUGGGCCUGCCCUCGUACUACCGGCCCUACAUCACACAGUUCAGGAAAAUCAACACAACAGAGAGUAUAGACGUAUACUCGUUUGGACACUUACUGUAUGAAAUGACGUACGGAAGACCACCUGAUGCUGUGCCUGUCGACCAGUACCCUGCUGUGACUUACACCUCAGUGGUGUCUGUGCUGCAAUCCAUCCUGUCCACAGAUGCCUGUAAGACUGGGAUGCCCACUGUUGCACAACUGCUGCAGACACCGCUGUUCAGCGAUGUGCUGCUGUUUCACUCAGAGAAACUCCAGUUCAAGAUCCCCACCAAAUUAAGAGACGCCUUGAAAACCGCCAAAGAGUGCAUGGAAAAGCGACUCCAAGAAGAGCAGAAAACGAACCAGCAGCACAGGAGGCUGACCAGAGCUCAGUCCCACCACGGCUCAGAGGAGGAGAAGAGGAGGAGGAAGAUACUGGCUAGAAAGAAGUCCAGACAGUCGGCCUAUGAGAACGAGGAGGAUCUCUCUGUGAAGUACAACAACAACUCUGGUUCAGGAGCCAGCUCCCCACCGACCUCUCCCUCCUCCCCCACCCCUCCUCACACUACAGGUUUUCUGUUUACUUGUCCGUCGAGCCUGCUCCAACUAGAACGAACGUCUUCUAGCGGUUGAUAGGACAAGCGCCUGUCAGCCACAAAGCCAUGCCAGGGAAAAGCAGCAGAGAGGAAAAGCCAAACGCGAGAGGUUUCACUCUCACCAAAUCUGUCCGAUGCGUUUCUAGAAGCUUAUUGUAGGCUAUUUACUGGGUUUUAAUUGACAACUAAAACGGCAAGUGUUGAGUAGUUUUAUAAAAAGGUGUUGAAUUUACUGACUAAAGUCGAUCUACUAUAAAUCCGUUUGCCAUUCAUAAAUCAUUCCAACGUGAAUCAUACAGUGAAUCAUAGUGAAUCAUAUAGUGAAUCAUACAGUGAAUCAUACAGUGCCUUUACAAAGUAUUCACACCCCUUUAACAUUUUCCUUAUUUUGUUGUUGUUGUGGGAUUCAAAUGGUUGACAAAAAUGACAAUUAAUCCAUCUACACAAAGUACUCCGUCAAAGUAGAAGAAGAAUUACAACUUUUGUAUAUUAAAAAAAUAUAUUUAAUUAAAAUGAAACACUAAUAUCUUGAUUUAGAUGGGGGAUGGUGAUUUCAGAACCAUUUAGAUGAGUAUUCAACCUCUGAAGUCAAUUCACGUUAGAAUCCCCUUUGGCAGCCAUGACAGCUGUGAGUCGUUCUGGGCAAGUCUCAGAGCUUUGCACAGUUGGAAUGUACAAGAUUAGCAUUUUUUUUAUUCUUCAAGCUCUGUCAAAUUGGUUGUUAGUCAUUGCUAGACAGCUUCCAAUUGGCUUAUUCAUCCCCCCUCCCACCCCCCUGUAACUAUUCCCUAGGUUGUUGCUGUAAAUGAGAAUGUGUUCUCAGUCAAUUUACCUGGUAAAAUAAGGUUUUGGGGGAAAAAAAUAGCAAUUUUCAGGUUUUCAAGCCAAUUUCAGUCAAAACUGUAACUAAGCCUCUCAGGAACAUUCACUGUGUUCUCGGUGAAGCGACUCCAGUGUAGAUUAGUCCUUGUGUUUUAGGUUAUUGUCCUGCUGAAAGGUGAAUUCAUCUCCCAGUAUCUGGUGGAAAGCAGACUGAACCAACUUGUCCUUUAGGAUUUUGUCUGUGCUUUGCUCCAUUCCUUUUAUUUUUAUUUAAAUAAACUCCCCAGUUCUUAACGAUGACCAGCAUACCCAUAACAUGAUGCAGCCAUGCUUGAAAAUAUGAAGUGGUAUUCAGUGAUGUGUUUUUUGGGGAUUUGCCCCAAACAUAAUGAUUUGUAUUCAGGACAUAAAGAACAUUUCUUUGCCAAAUAUUUUGCUGUUUUUACUUUAGUUUCUUGUUGCAAACAGGAAGCAGGUUCUGGAAUAUUUUUAUUCUGUACAGGCGUUCUUCUAUUCCCUCCGUCAUUUAUAUUAGUAUUGUGGCGUAACUACAAUGUUGUUGAUCCAUCCUCAGUUUUCUCCUGUCACAGCCAAUAAACUCUAACUGUUUCAAAGUCACCAUUGGCCUCAUGGUGAAAUCCCUGAGUGGUUUCCUUCAUCUCCGGCAACUGAGUUAGGAAGCAUGCCUGUAUCUUUAGUGACUGGGUGUAUUGAUACACCAUCCAUCGUGUAAUUUAUAACUUCUAUGGUAGAUACCAGACCCUCAGGUUCAUAGACUAUAACUCUAUGGUAGAUACCAGACCCUCAGGUUUAGGCUAUAACUCUAUGGUAGAUACCAGACCCUCAGGUUCAUAGACUAUAACUCUAUGGUAGAUACCAGACCCUCAGGUUCAUAGACUAUAACUCUAUGGUAGAUACCAGACCCUCAGGUUCAUAGACUAUAACUCUAUGGUAGAUACCAGACCCUCGGGUUCACAGACUAUAACUCUAUGGUAGAUACCAGACCCUCAGGUUCAUAGACUAUAACUCUAUGGUAGAUACCAGACCCUCAGGUUCAGUCUAUAACUCUAUGGUAGAUACCAGACCCUCAGGUUCAUAGACUAUAACUCUAUGGUAGAUACCAGACCCUCGGGUUCACAGACUAUAACUCUAUGGUAGAUACCAGACCCUCGGGUUCACACAGACUAUAACUCUAUGGUAGAUACCAGACCCUCGGGUUCACACAGACUAUAACUCUAUGGUAGAUACCAGACCCUCGGGUUCACACAGACUAUAACUCUAUGGUAGAUACCAGACCCUCGGGUUCACACAGACUAUAACUCUAUGGUAGAUACCAGACCCUCAGGUUCAUAGACUAUAACUCUAUGGUAGAUACCAGACCCUCAGGUUCACACAGACUAACUCUAUGGUAGAUACCAGACCCUCAGGUUCACACAGACUAUAACUCUAUGGUAGAUACCAGACCCUUAGGUUCAUAGACUAUAACUCUAUGGUAAAUACCAGACCCUCGGGUUCUUAGACUAUAACUCUAUGGUAGAUACCAGACCCUCAGGUUCAUAGACUAUAACUCUAUGGUAGAUACCAGACCCUCAGGUUUAGGCUAUAACUCUAUGGUAGAUACCAGACCCUCAGGUUCACACAGACUAACUCUAUGGUAGAUACCAGACCCUCAGGUUUAGGCUAUAACUCUAUGGUAGAUACCAGACCCUCAGGUUCAGUCUAUAACUCUAUGGUAGAUACCAGACCCUCAGGUUUAGGCUAUAACUCUAUGGUAGAUACCAGACCCUCAGGUUCAGUCUAUAACUCUAUGGUAGAUACCAGACCCUCAGGUUCAGUCUAUAACUCUAUGGUAGAUACCAGACCCUCGGGUUCUUAGACUAUAACUCUAUGGUAGAUACCAGACCCUCAGGUUCAUAGACUAUAACUAUAUGGUAGAUACCAGACCCUCAGGUUCAGUCUAUAACUCUAUGGUAGAUACCAGACCCUCAGGUUCAGUCUAUAACUCUAUGGUAGAUACCAGACCCUCAGGUUCACACAGACUAACUAUAUGGUAGAUACCAGACCCUCAGGUUCAUAGACUAUAACUCUAUGGUAGAUACCAGACCCUCAGGUUCACACAGACUAUAACUCUAUGGUAGAUACCAGACCCUCAGGUUCAUAGACUAUAACUCUAUGGUAGAUACCAGACCCUCAGGUUCAUAGACUAUAACUCUAUGGUAGAUACCAGACCCUCAGGUUCAUAGACUAUAACUCUAUGGUAGAUACCAGACCCUCAGCUUCAUAGACUAUAACUCUAUGGUAGAUACCAAACCCUCAGGUUUAGGCUAUAACUCUAUGGUAGAUACCAAACCCUCAGGUUUAGGCUAUAACUCUAUGGUAGAUACCAGACCCUCAGCUUCAUAGACUAUAACUCUAUGGUAGAUACCAGACCCUCAGGUUCAUAGACUAGAACUCUGGCAGUUUUGAAAUCAGUCAGCACCCUGCCCAUUGAUACUGAUUUAAGUAAUAGUUCCUCCACAGUGAUGUGCAUGAGGUCUAUGUUGUGUUUGUUACCAUGUCUUUGCACUGUUUUCCGUAUGGUGGGGCUCCCCCUUGUGGUAAAACAGAGGCAUUAUAAUAGAUAGUCCAUAGUAUUAGCUUAGAUUAAGCACUGGUACAGAGGUUUAGAUAGAGGCUGGCCGUUUUGAGACUUUAAAAUAUAUAUAUAUAUAUAUGAUUUCAUGCAGUCUUGAGUUCUAUCAAAAAGUAUGAUCAUGUUAUUGCCUGUGAUUUAUAAGGAAGAUUGUAUUUGUAUGCAUGCAUAUUGGUGUAUAUAUUUUUUUCAACAAUCAUACUGUAUAUUAGACUAGUGAGACUAUUUUAGUUUUUAACUGGUGAACCUGACUGGUUACUUGAAUUUGUAUUUUAUGUCCUCAAAUCAUCAUAUGAUUACUAGAUGGACCAUCUGAGUAGUUAUUCUGGUCAUACUUCAAUGUUUUUUUCCUUUCUUGUUUAUAUAUACUUUUCCAUUCAUUUUCCACUCAGCUAAUCAGUAAUCACACCAUACUGUAAAUAAUGAACAUUUUAGUUUUGAUUAACAGUCGUGUUGAUUGUACUCCUCAAGGUACUGUUGACCAAUAACGGUGAUUAAUCUGCCUCUCUUUUCCUCCCCUUUUUGCUGUCUGUCUGCCAAGUAGAGCAUGCACCAUGUUGAACAUGUGUGGGGUAAAGUAAUUCAAUAAUGAUUCCUAUAUGUGUUUUUUAAAGCUGUAGUCGACCCUGAAUCACAGCAAGUACACUAAACUACAGUACUCUGUACCACUGUAGUUAGGCUUGUCUCCAUAGUAGAAGUAUGUAAUGACACUGCUCAGAGCAAACCAGAUGAAACUCAUACUAAAUGGAGAAACACAUUGUUUUUGCAGGAUCCACAUAUCUUAAUUAUGGAAAUAUUUUAGAGCUUUAUACUAUAGAAUCUAGAACCUAUUCUAGAUUCUGAUCUUAACAGAGUAAAUUACAAAAUCCAACGCCAUUUAUAUCAGUUUUAUAAUGGUGAGAUGGUGGUAGGUAUGGAAAUGGCGCCGGGUGUCGUCCGUUUGGAAAUGGCGGCGGGUGUCGUCCGUUUGGAAAUGGCGCCGGGUGUCGUCCGUUUUGGAAAUGGCGCCGGGUGUCGUCCGUUUUGGAAAUGGGGCCGGGUGUCGUCCGUUUUGGAAAUGGGGCCGGGUGUCGUCCGUUUUGGAAAUGGG